CGUGACAGGUGAGCUCACAAAAUCCAUACAUCAUGGCUUUCGCUCAACAGCAUCGUCGACCGAAUCAUUCCAAUUCACAAGCUCCGCCUCCUUCAAGCGAUUCGGAAGACUCAUAUGCAAUUCUACAUCCGCGUGGUUAUACUAAAUCAGCAGCCGUUCAGCGUCGACUGAGCAUAGGUUUAGCAACAACGUCUGACUCAGAUACCGAUUGGCAUGUUAUCAAUGCCAAUAGAGCAACCCUUCAGCGUACAGGCAAUGCAGCGCUAUCAUCGCCACAAUGGACACCUUCAGAACCCGAAUCGGUCUCCGCCAGAGCCUAUGCUGAUUCCGAAUCUAUGGUAUCUGACAUUGACACUCAAACAGAUACCACCACAGGUCGCCAGCAGUUUUCUUUCUUACCCGCUCAUGAUGGUACAGGCACUUUCGCCGAUAUAGGCGGGUUUGUUUCGGAUAGCUCAUUGGGAAGUAUCUCCACCGCCUCUGGCCUACCCUUACGUAAAAAGCCAGCCACAAUCAAAGCUCAGACCACCGACUUCUUACCGGUGACUGCCAGCAUGCCAAAUAUAUUGCUCCCCGACGGAGGCAUUGCACCCCCCUCGUUUACUGGAAGAAUACCACCUCACAAUCAUGCCCAAAAUCCUAUGCCCGAAUUUGUCCCCACCAUGGCAAGCCGAUCUUGGCGAGAAUUCCGGCUUCAAUCUUCGUCUGAAGAAGAAGGCAGUUUAAGCGAAAACGAUGCCGUAUGGCGGAAGCGACGCUUGCGAUCCAGUAGCCCCACUGAUGAGCAUUACAAAUCUGAAAGUACAACCACCAAUAUAAGCAGUGAUGAGAUCAACGCAGCAAAACGUAACAAAGAUUUGGACAGCAUUCCGACACAUCACCCUUCGUUACCGGGGUCUGCCACCUCGGCAGCCAUUAUACACUCUGUGUGGAGAAAUUUACGACGGCUUACUACCCAUAUUAUUGAAAAUGAUACCACUACCUCUGAAACAUUCGGAACGCUUGUAUCGGAAGCAACAUUAGAAGGAUGUCUACCAUUUGGGUCCCACUUACAUAUGGAUUUCAAUACUGGCAACUUGUCCAAUAGCAAGGAUUUUAGCUUGAACGGAUCGGCUAUGGAACAAGUGGGACGACGUUUCACUCACUAAAUUUCUUGGUUGGCCGGAGAUCGACCACAUUUGGUUUACGUAUUUUUCUGGGGUGAUUUAGUGCAUUUGUAUUUGUUUGUCAGAACAGCUAAGCGGCGGUUUAUAUAAUGGGUUUUUGUGGGGAGAAGCGCCGAAAUCAAUAGUUAUUUACAUCAACAGAACAAACUUAUUAUUCUCAAUGUUGAAGCAUUCGUAGCCAUUAGUGACCCGUGACAAAUCUUUGCCCAAGAUUGACUUUGGGUUUCUCAGACAUGCCCGCCACCCAAUACAUAAACAAUGGGCUGAAAUUUUUA